AUGGAGAUUUGCACUAUUGGAAUCAAUGGAGUAGAAGAUAAGGAUGAAACACAGAAUAUCACUUUACGACGUAUACAUCCAAGAUUCCCCGAUAAACCAAAGAUUAGACAGGCUGGAAAGAGCGUCAUUUUUGAGGUGAUGCUUGAAGCCGACCCUCUACCAGAACUUCGUUGGACCAAAGCUGGAGUGGAAAUCAAAACUGGUGGACGUUACAAAACCAGUUGUCAAACCACCGGAACUCAACAUCUGGUGUCUCUGGAAAUAGCCCAGGUCAAUGCCGAGGAUGGAGGUGAAUAUUUGGUCAACGCGAAGAACAAACUGGGAGAUUCCACGGCCACAAUUAAUUUAAAUAUUGGUGGCUCGAAAGCACCAGCAAAUAAAGCACCUAAAUUUUUGGAAAAGCCAGUUAUCCGCAUGGAUAAGGCGAAAGGAGAAGUCGUCAUGUCUUGCAAAAUGGAAGCGAAGCCCAAAGCAACGUUGACAUGGUAUUUGAAUGAUGUGCAGGUGGAAGAAAUACCGGGAAAACGAUUUUGGGUUGUACAAGAACAGUCGGAUGAUAUUUAUCUGUUAGAAAUACACAUUGCUUCACCCAAACCAGAAGAUGGUGGGACAUACCGUAUUAACGCGAAGAAUUCUGCUGGUGAAAGCAAUGCCAAUAUAAACCUGAACUUACAGGGUCGGCUCACGGUAUUGUUGUUACCUGAAGUUAUAGACAAUUCCGAAGUCCUAUACACACGUACCGUUUUGAAUCGCGCGCUACUGGGCUGGCCACUAUUCCUGCACUGCAACAAAGUGGCCAACUACCCAGCCUCAGCUCGAAUAAGUAGGCACGGUUUCAGCUUAAAGAAUUUUAUGAAUGCUGACUCUGGGUCGUAUCGCCUUGUCGCCAAGAAUCCCCAUGGUGAUGCCGCAUCUAACGUGGAAGUAAAAAUGCCACGUAUUGUGGGCAUGCCAAACGUACGUUUCGAGAACAACAACCAACAAGCAGUGCUUGAGGUGAAGGUCGACUCAGGCAGUUUGCCUACCUCUGUGUGGUCCACAGGCGGGAAAACAAUUACUAUGGGUGGCCGCUACAGCACCAAUGCACAACUGGAGACAGGCGGUUAUCGAGUCUGCCUGAUCAUUAGUGACCUUGUAGAAAAGGACUCCGGAAAUUACGAGUGUGAAAUUUCCAAUGGCGUGGGGACCGUGCAGCAGUUGAUCAGUCUCAAAGUGCCACCAAAAGACAGCAAAGCUACGCUGCCUCAGAUCAUCGGAACUCCCGGACCCCAGCGAGCCGACGUUGGGCGUACAUUCAUCUUAACAGUGGACUUCUCGGCUGGUUCGGUCACCCCGCAGGCAAAAGUAUUGAAGAAAGGUAUGGAUUUGGCGAGCGACAAAAGGGCCACUGUGAGGGUAGAUGCCACAAAGCGGUCCAUUGUCAUCACCUUGAAGAGUGUAACGGCGGAUGACGGUGGCAGUUAUGUGUUACAGUUGCUGACCGAUGGCACAGUGUGCGACAAGACCAGUUUCGAUUUGACUGUCAUUCAGGAAGAUGAAGCCACUGAAGAGGAUGAUGAACUUGGGGAAUUGCAAGUUCCGUCCAACAGGAGUAGUCGUAGAUCGUCCGCAGCCAAGAAGGAGGAAGAUUUUCUUAACAGACGUGCUUCAUCGGAGAAAUCUGGUGGUCUGCUAGACCCGAAGGCUUUGGAGCAAUCUCUUCAAGCACGCAGAGACUCGAUGACAAACCGGCGAACUUCACUGGCCGAUGCCAUUCCAGGUUUUGCUGGUCUAAAACACCGCGAAACCCCAAAAGUUGAAAAAGAAUACUUCAUCGAAGAGGUGCAAGAUCUCAAAAUCAAGGAAGGUAGUAUAAAGGCGCUUCUGAAAUGUACUUUCUGUAAACCAACUUCGCGAUUUCGAUGGUACAAAAACAAACUGGAGAUCUUCCAAGGACCAAAGUAUAACUUUCUUCAAGAAGGCAAUGAAUACGCGCUGGAAAUCAAGCGGAUUGCGAUGGAAGACGUCGGCAAGUAUACGUGUAAGUGCAACGAUAUCUCAACUACUUGUACACUGGUGGUAGAAGAGCGGAAACAGACUUACCACUUCAAUCAAAAGCUACCCAAGACUGCCGAAGUUGUUCGCGGCAAAGACCUGACAGUGGAAUGUUCUGUGUCCGAUCCUCGUGCUCCAGUGGUUUGGUACCAUAAAGGCGAGAAAAUUGAGUACGUUGCAGGUAAGGUGGAAAUCAAGCGACGCGAGAACCGUUGUAUCCUGCGCAUCGUCCGAGCCAGACCGGAACAAGAAGGCGAGUACUGUUGCAUGGUCGAGGGCGAUGAAACCUACAUCGAUAUCGCGGUGGAGGAUCCGAUUGACUACGUCGUUGAGAGAUGCGAAGCCGGUUUGGGUAACUGGGAACGUGUGAUUGGAUCGGUGGUGGACAACUCGAUCGCCGUGCGCAAUCUCACCAAGGGGAAACAGUACCGGUUCCGAGUGGCAGCCGUGAAUGCAAUGGGCACAGGAGAAUUCGGCGAAACGGCGACGGCCAUUGUAGCCAAAAACCCUUACGAUCCUCCUGGUCCGCCAGAAAACUUGAAAAUUGAAGAAUUCGAUAGACGGUCGGUUACACUGGCCUGGAAACCUCCUAAGGAUGAUGGCGGUAACCCAAUUAAAGGAUAUCUGGUCGAGAAACGUACUCCAAAAGGAGAGUGGCGCAAAGCGACAAACAACAUUGUUCCCAAUCCCACGGUUAAAUUGACCAAUGUGGACGAAGGUCAAACGUACGAAUUUCGUGUCAGUGCUGUGAACGAUGCCGGUCCUGGGAAGCCAUCCAGUGCGACUGCACCACACACAGUCAAAGACCCCGUGUAUCCACCUUCGGCUCCCGAAAACCUGAAUGUCGACAAAGUGACCAAGAAUGGCGUCAAACUUUCGUGGAACAAGCCCCGACGCGAUGGAGGAGCUCCCAUCACAGGUUACGUGGUUGAAAAGAAGGCGGACAAUGGGGAAUGGGUACCCGUGUUGAAUACGGGUGAUACAUGCGCCUUUGUCCCUAUGAAGGAAGGUGAAGCUGCGGAGUUCCGUGUUCGGGCGAUCAACGAGGAGGGUCCCGGUGAGCCGACUAAACCUACCCCUGCAUUAACUGCAGCCGAUGUACCAGAACCUCCAAGGAUUUGUACCCCAGAAGAAGGCGUCGGUGGGCCCGGCUCUGGAGUGGGCGGUUUGAAGGAUAUCACUCUCAAGGCUGGGCAGAAUCUGCGCUUAGCCGCAGCCUGGUUCGGUUAUCCUCAACCAACGGCAGUGUGGACAACUGGUGGCAAAACGGUGAAGGUAGACGGUUCGAGAACUAAGACCUCAAAUGAACCACCUCCUCCCCCAGCGAAACCGGGCCCAGGAGGUGCUUUGGAGCAAUCACCCGGGGGCACCGCCGUCUUGGAAGUUCACUCGGUUCGUCGGGCGGAUGGUGGCGACUACGAAUUAACUUUGACGAACGACCUCGGUCAAGUGAAAACGUCGUGUCAUGUGGAGGUCCUUGAUGUCCCUGGUCCACCGGAAGGACCGCUGGAGCCCACUGAUGUGAACGCAGACGAGAUCACUUUGAAGUGGAAACCUCCUUUGGACGAUGGUGGACAACCAAUUACCAAUUACAUCCUAGAGAAAAGACCCAAGGGCUCUGAUGCAUGGCAGAAAGUGAGCAACUUCCUCAGCACCCCUACGGCAACUGUGCGUAAUUUGGAGACAGGCAAGGAGUACGAAUUUCGUGUAAUGGCCGAGAACGCUAUGGGCGUUGGGGAGCCGCUGAUGACUACCAAAGCUAUCAAAGCCAAGCACCCCUACGACCCGCCAUCGGGAAUGUCCAAACCGGUUGUUGAGGAUACCACGGAUGACUCCGUUACGCUGGCGUGGGAGCCGCCCAGGAAAGGUCCCGUCACUGGCUACAUCGUGGAGAAAAGGCCGAAAGGGUCGAAAGAGUGGAUUAAAGCCAAUCCGGCCAAUGUGACUGGCACCAACUACACUGUAAAAGGCCUUCCCAAGGGCAAAGAGUUUGAGUUUCGUGUGGUUCCGUACAACUUGGCAGGGCUCGGUGAACCCAGUGAGCCGACGGAUGUAACCAAAGUGCAGUUCCCAACAAACUAUGUAGUCGAGAAGAAUGAUGCCCUCACUGGAGUAUGGGAGCGUGUCCCCACUACCGUGACCGAUUGCAAUUGUCCUGUCCGUGGCCUUGUCGAGGGUAAACGGUAUCGGUUCCGUGUCUCUGCGGUGAACAUGAUGGGCGCCAGUGAACCGUGCGAAACGAGUUCUGCAAUCACAGCGAAAAAUCCGUUUGAUGCACCUGAUUCACCAGAAGACGUAAAGAUUGAUGAGUUCGACAAACAUGGCGUCAAGCUUUCGUGGAAACCUCCAGCAAGUGAUGGUGGCAAUCCCAUUCAAGGCUACCUCGUUGAGAAACGAACACCAGCAGGCGAAUGGAAGCCGGCUACCAGCGGCCUGGUGAGCGGACGCGAAGUGAAGUUGGAUGACCUGGAAACAGGGCAGACUUACGAAUUCCGAGUAUCGGCAGUGAACGACGCCGGCCCUGGAAGGCCCUCCAAGGCUACGGCACCACAAGUUAUCAAGGAUCCAACGUUCCCACCUGGUUCUCCGGACAACCUGAACGUGGACAAAGUGAACAAGAACGGUGUCAAAUUGUCUUGGCAAAAACCACGCAAAGACGGUGGUAGCAAGGUCACCGGCUACCAAGUGGAGAAGAAGGACGAUGAUGGUAACUGGGUCCCAGUCAAACAGACCACCGAACCAUGUGCCUUCAUCCCAAUGAAGGAGGGUGAGACUGGACAGUUCCGUGUACGUGCAAUCAAUGAGGAGGGGCCAGGGGAGCCGACUAAACCAACAGCGCCGAUUACAGCGGCAGAUCAGCCAGAGGCGCCGCGGAUAGUCACUCCGGAGGACUGUGUGGGUGGACCUGGAACCGGUGUUGGUGGUCUAAAAGAUGUCAAACUUAAGGCUGGACAGGAACUCCGACUUGCAGCCGCUUGGUUCGGUUUUCCGCCACCCACUUUAUCGUGGUCUCUUAACGGAAAGCCUGUUAAGGCGGAUGGUAAGAAGACAGUGGAAACCAGUGAGCCACUGCCUCCACCAGCCAACCCGGGACCAGGUGGAGCACUGGAACAGUCACCUGGAGCGACCGCUGUACUUACGAUUCCGAAAGCACGACGUGCAGAUGCUGGAGAGUACAAGCUAGCACUGGUGAACGAACAUGGUCAGGCGACAACUUCGUGCAAUGUCGAAGUGAUUGAUGUUCCAUCUGCUCCGACUGGGCCGCUUGAAGCCACCGAAGUGAAGGCGGACGAGAUCACACUCCGAUGGAAGGCACCUGAAGAUGACGGGGGCGAGCCUGUCACAAACUACAUACUGGAGAAGAAACCGAAAAACUCUCCCACUUGGGAGAAAGUCAGUGGUUUCCUCAGCUCGCCGACUGCCACCGUUCGUAACCUGGAUGAGGGUACUGAAUAUGAAUUCCGUGUAAUGGCAGAAAACGCAAUGGGAAUCAGUGAGCCGUUGAUGACGGACCACUCUAUCAAAGCAAAGCAUCCAUUCGAUCCACCCUCUGGUAUGUCGAAGCCGACUGUGGAGGACACGACUGACGAUUCGGUAACACUGGCCUGGGAGCCACCAAUCAAAGGUCCGGUUACGGGCUACAUUGUUGAAAAGCGGGCCAAAGGAGAGAGAGCAUGGUCCAAGGUUCCUAGCACUGGUCCGAUCACAGGAACCAAUUUUACAGUGAAGAAUCUACCCAAAGGGAAGGAAAUGGAAUUCCGUGUCAUCCCGAUCAACGCCGCUGGCCCCGGCGAACCAAGUGAGCCCACAGACCUGGUGAAAGUUCAGAAGCCUGUUGUUGCACCCAAAAUUGGAAUCGACGCCCCUCGAGAGGUGAAUGCUCGCCUCGGUGAACCGUGCAAGAUACGAAUUCCAUACACAGGAAGUCCACCGGACAAGGUCGAAAUGACAAAGAAUGGUGUCCCCGUCCCCCUGGACUCUGAUCGUUUCAAUGUAGAAAUCACACCCGAUGAAGUCAUAAUAACUGACAAGAAGGUGGUGAAAGAUGACGCCGGGCCCCACCAGAUCUGUUUGAAAAAUGAAAAGGGAGAAGCAACUGCUCCAGUCAUGAUCAAAGUACAAGGUCCUCCGGAGGCCCCAUUAGGUCCACUCGAGGUCAGCAACAUCAAAGGGGAUUCAUGCAAACUUUCUUGGAACCCGCCUUCUGACAACGGCGGCAGUCCUAUCACCAAUUAUGUGGUGGAAAAAAUGGAUAAGAGGACUGGUGAAUGGGUUCCAGUCAGUCGAUUUGUGCGCGCGCCAGAGUACGAUGUCACUGGUCUCGAGGAGGGAAAUCAGUACAAAUUCCGUGUGCGUGCUGAAAAUGAUUUUGGAGUCAGCGAACCACUAGAGACCGAUCGCACAGUGACGGCCGAGAGCCCUGCAACUACACCCGAUGCUCCAAGUAACCUAAACGUGGCCGAUGUGGAUGCAGAUAAAGUCACCCUCGAAUGGACUAAGCCUCGUAAAGAUGGGGGGAAACGCAUCACUGGUUACGUGGUCGAGUACAAACCAGUCAACGCGGACGAUUGGGAGAAGGGCCCAACAGUCCGUGAACCCACCGCAACAGUCGAUGGACUGAAGAAAGGAGAAAAGUACGUGUUUCGUGUUUGCGCCAAGAACGAUGUUGGGGUCGGAGAGCCCAGUGGUAGCACUCGUCCGGUGGAAUGCAAGCCGAAAUACACCACUGCGGAUAGCCCUGGGCAACCAACUGUGGAUGAUGUUGGUAAAAAUUAUGUGGAACUUUCUUGGCCUCGUCCGGUGAAAGAUGGUGGAGCACGUAUUACCGGCUACGUGGUCGAAAAGCGCAAGAAGAACUCACCGGACUGGGAACCGGCCACGAAGGAUGGAAAGCCAGUUAGUGGCAAUCAGGCUCGUAUAGACGAUCUGGAUGAGGGCGGUGAGUACGAGUUUCGUGUGAAGCCAGUCAAUGCCGCUGGCGUUGGGGCCCCGAGUGAACCCACUCCGAUGACGAAAAUACGACCUAAGAGAGACAAGCCAGAUGCACCUGAUGAUGUUAAAGUUGCCGAAUUGUUCGCCGACCAUUGCAAGCUCGAGUGGAAGGCACCGGAGCAUGAUGGCGGUUCACCAAUUACGGGUUACGUGGUCGAGAAAUGUGAUGCAGUUACCGGAGUCUGGGAGCGUGUUCCAAAUACGGGGACUGGCACUUCCUGUCCAGUGAAAGGACUAACCGAAGGAAAGCGAUAUCGCUUCCGAGUCGCUGCAGUCAACACCCUAGGUGAAAGUGAGCCGACCGAAGCGAUCGGUGCAUACACGGCCAAGAAUCCGUUUGACGUCCCCGAUGCUCCGGAUCAUCUGAAUAUUGACAGCUUUGAUAAGCAUUCAGUCGAUCUGUCCUGGAAUCCGCCCCAGCAUGACGGAGGAAACCCAGUCAAAGGUUAUUUGAUUGAGAAGCGCACACCAAAGGGCGAAUGGAAGCCAGCCACUGCAGGUCUGGUAAACGGAUCUAGCGCCCAUUUAACUGGUCUGGAGCCCGGCCAAACUGUCGAAUUCCGUGUCAGCGCAGUCAAUGACGCUGGACCUAGUCGGCCGUCUCGUGCCACUGCGCCUCACGAAAUGAGAGACCCAGUCUAUCCAGCCGCUGCACCUGAAAACUUACAUGUUGACAAAGUGAAUAAGAACGGUGUCAAAUUGUCCUGGCAAAAACCACGCAAAGACGGUGGUAGCAAGGUCACCGGCUACCAAGUGGAGAAGAAGGAUGAUGACGGUAACUGGGUCCCAGUCAAACAGACUACCGAACCAUGUGCCUUCAUCCCAAUGAAAGAGGGUGAAACCGGACAGUUCCGCGUACGCGCAAUCAAUGAGGAGGGACCAGGGGAGCCGACUAAACCAACACCGCCGAUUACAGCGGCAGAUCAGCCAGAGGCGCCGCGGAUAGUCACUCCGGAGGACUGUGUGGGUGGACCUGGAACCGGUGUUGGUGGUCUAAAGGACGUCACCUUAAAGGCUGGUCACGAUCUGGAACUUCCAGUUGCUUGGUUCGGGCACCCCGCGCCCACCUUCACCUGGACUCUGGAUGGCAAACCCAUCCGACCGGAUGGCUCCCGCAUUACCACAAGCGAUGGACGGUUACCGCCCCCAGCGCAUCCGGGCCCCGGUGGCGUUCUAGAGCUCUCUCCCGGCGGAGUCACUAUCUUGCAUGUGGGCAAAGUGACUAGGGCCGACUGCGGACGCUAUCAGUUGCAGCUGAGCAAUGAUCUGGGACAGGUGACUACUUCAUGUCAGGUGACUGUCAUCGGACCACCUGCUGCUCCAGGCGGUCCUCUCGAACCAGUUGAAGUCAAGGAGAACGAAAUCACGCUGAGGUGGAAGCCGCCGGAGGACGACGGUGGGGAACCAGUGACAAAUUACGUACUGGAGAAGCGUCCAAAAAGAUCGGACAACUGGCAGAAAGUCAGUGGCUUUCUCAAGACCCCCACUGCUACGGUGCGUAACCUGGAAGAGGGUGAAGAGUAUGAAUUUCGUGUUAUGGCCGAGAAUGCAUUGGGAACCAGUGAGCCUUUGGUCACAGACCACGCCAUCAAACCACGUCACCCGUUCGACCCACCUUCCGGAAUGUCGACACCAGAGGUUGUCGAUACUUCCGAUGAUUCCGUCACCUUGGCCUGGGACCCGCCUCACAAAGGGCCAACCACUGGAUACAUUGUGGAGAAACGUGCCAAAGGUGACCGAAGUUGGACCAAGGUAAAUCCACACCCCACCUCUGGGACUGAGUACACGGUAAAAGGCUUACCACAAGGCAAAGAGUUCGAGUUCCGUGUGAUACCCGUCAACGCCGCUGGCUCUGGUGAACCGAGCGAUCCGACACCACUGACUAAGGUGCAGAAGCCAACAGUCGCCCCGAAGAUUGGUCGGGACGCUCCCAGAGAAGUUAACGCUGUGGACGGUGAGCCGUUCAAGAUACGCAUUCCAUAUACCGGUAGUCCUCCAGACACGGUGCAAAUCACCAAGGAUGGCAUCCCGAUCGAUCCGAACAGUGGGCGCUUCCAGACAGUUAUAACACCAGACGAGGUAAUCAUCACGGACACAAAAGCCCAGAAAGAUGACAGCGGUAACUACAAAAUUGGACUGAAAAAUGCAAAGGGAGAGGACACUCUUCCAUUGAAGAUCAACGUUAUGGGGCCACCGUCACCACCACAAGGGCCGCUCGAAGUCUCCAACAUUAGAGCUGAUUCUUGUACUUUGAGCUGGCGCCCACCAUCGGACACUGGAGGUAGUCCAAUUACAAACUACGUCGUGGAGAGGCAGGACACAAACACUGGAGAGUGGGUCCCAGUGUCUAAAUUCGUUCGUGCUCCUGAGUACGAUGUGAUGGGCCUGGAAGAAGGGAAGAAACAAAAGUUCCGCGUUCGAGCAGCCAACGAUUUUGGAUUGAGUGAACCCUUGGAGCUUGAGAAACCGUUCAUAGCCGAAAACCCAACUUCUGCACCAGAGCCACCAGGUGUCCCCGAGGUGGCUGACGUUGACGCCGAUACCGUGACUUUGGAGUGGACAAAACCCAAGAACGAUGGUGGCAGCCGCGUCAAUAGCUACGUCGUUGAGGUGAAACCCGCAGUGGGCGGCGACUGGACGAAGGCUCAAACCGGACCAGUGAAGGGAACCAGUGCAACGGUGACUGGCUUGAAACCAGGAGAAAAAUAUAUGUUCCGUGUUUCCGCCAAGAAUGAUGCUGGCCUGGGAGAACCGAGCCGAGCAACACGUCCCGUCGAGUGCAGGCCCAAAUACGUCACAGCUGACAGUCCGGACAAUUUGAACGUGGACGGUGUUGGCAAGAAUCAUGUAGACUUGUCUUGGACGAGACCGACCAAAGACGGUGGGGCUCGCAUACUCGGAUACCAAGUUGAAAUGCGCAAAAAAGAUUCACCCGACUGGACUCCCGUCAAUCCGGUAUCCGAACCAAUAACGAGCCAGUAUUUCCAUGUUGACGGGUUAAAUGAAGGCGAUGAUGUUCAAUUUCGUGUACGAGCAAUUAAUGCAGCUGGUCCAGGAGAACCAAGCACUCCGACGCCAAUGGUUAAAGUGGAGGAUCGCAAAGCCACCGAGACACCGGACUUUGUAUCCAAAAUCAGACAGACGACAGCACCGGUUGGAGGUGUUGCAGUGUUCGAGGUGCAGGUGGACGGAAAGCCGAUGCCCACCGUCCGCUGGUUUCGUGAUGGGGUGGAGUUGAUGCCCGGAUCAAGAGUGCGUAUCCAACCUCCCGGACCAGAUGGGAAAGCCGUCCUGGAAUUAUCCGAUCUGGAUGACAGAGAUGGUGGUACAAUCACAUGCCAGGCGUCCAAUCCAUCGGGAAAGAAUUCUUGUUCAGCUCCGUUGGAAGUGCUAGGUGCACCGCGGGCACUAUCAGGGGUGGAUGACAAAGUAGCAGCAGAGGGUGAUUUGAUAAAGUUCAAGGUGCCCUACUCCGGUCGCGGUAACAUCAGUUUGAAACUGAAACGGGAUGGUCGAGAAGUGCCAGAGUCUCCAAGGGUGAAACUAAUGGACUUGGAUGGGAUGGCCUCUGUACAACUGAAAGAUCUUACUCGUGAUAUGGGCGGUGAGUACAGUUUGGAAAUCGGAAACGAGAGCGGCUUCACCUCUGUUCCGUUUAACAUUCGCGUCUUGGCUCCCCCGGGGGAAUGUCAAGGCCCUCUAGUUGCAUCCGAUACAACUCCCUUCAGCACUCGACUCAGCUGGAAACCUCCACGCUCCGACGGCGGCUCCAAAGUCACACACUACGUCGUCGAGAAAAAAGAAGUCGGCCGCGACCGAUGGGUUCCUGUGUCGUCUGGCUGCCGCGAGCCCACAUGUGAAAUUCAAGGUCUACAGGAGAACGGCCAAUACUUAUUCCGUGUGGCCCCUGUCAAUGACUGUGGCCAAGGAGAUUGGAUAGAAUUGCCUGAGCCAUUGAUCGCCAGAUAUCCGUUCGAUAAACCUGGUAAACCAGGUGAGUUGACGUGCAACGAAGUUGGCAGUGAUUUUGUCAACUUAUCGUGGACACGACCGAGCUCAGAUGGAGGCGGGCGUAUCCGGGGCUACUACAUUGAGAAGCGGGAGGUCAAUUCGCCCAACUGGUCCCGCAUUACUCAGCAACCUGUCCUCACGACCAGUUUCAAUGUGCCCAACCUGCUUGAGGAUUGCACGUACGAAUUUCGCGUGUUAGCAGUCAACGACGCUGGAGAGAGUCAACCAAGCGUUAUCGAUAGACCUGUUUUGGUCAAAGAUCCUAAAGCUGUUUCUCGACCAACCCUGAUCGGUAGUCUCCGAGCUCAAACAGUGAGUGAAGGUCACGAUGUGGAAUUUGAAAUCGAAGUUGAUUGUCCUUCUAAUUAUGAGGUGGUGUGGUCUAAAGGUCCUCGCGAUUUGGUCCCUUCGCAUCGCAUUGAAAUGAUCAAGGAAGGUCGCAAACAUGUUUUACGUAUAUGUGAUUGCGGUAUGGAAGACACCGAGGAGUACAGCGUCAAGGUGUUCAAUCGCGCUGGGUCGAAAAUCAGUCGUGCACCAUUGGCCGUUAAGUGUAAACCACGUAUUAACCUGCCAAGUCGUUGGCAAGAACCAACCGAGUGGGAUAAGGGUGACACCAUCCAAGUAAAGGUUCCAUACACAGGAUUCCCUAAACCGAAGGCUACUUGGAAGCUGAACGGGAAAGAAUUGCGAGAAGGAAAGCAGGUCCAGAUGGCACUGAAGGACCGUCACGCCAUUCUAACUCUGGAUAACGUGGGUGAAGAAUUUUCGGGCAAACUGCAGCUUGAAUUGGAGAAUGAAAUGGGUUCUGAUUCGGCAACGAUUGAAUUGCGCAUCAAUGACCGGCCCCCACCGCCCAUCAACCUCAAAGUCGAAGGAGUAGCCGACGGAUCGGCGUUACUGUCCUGGUCAAUGCCUGCGAACUCUGGUUACAUUUCACAAUAUAUCAUCGAGCGUCGGGAGCUACCCGGCGAUUCUUGGAUUAGAGCUGGGACCAACCGAUUUUCGACGUAUAAUUGUGAAGGUUUGGUCAAUGGCAAAGAAUAUGAGUUCCGUGUUAUUGCCGAGAAUCUUCACGGACGCAGUGAUCCUUGCAAGCCAACAGAAGCCCGCCUCAUCCAACCAGAUACGAGGAAAAGGGGAGACCGAAAAGGCGAAGGCCGUGGUGAUUAUACUGGACCUCCAAUUGACAAUUAUGACCGGUUCUAUCGAAACAUCUGGGAAUACAGCGAGCCAUUACCAACGCAAGUACACAAAGGAGAUAGUGUUUACGAUUACUAUGACAUUCUAGAAGAGUUGGGCAAAGGAGCGUUUGGUGUAGUGCAUCGGUGUCGUGAAAAGUCCACCGGUAACUUUUACGCAUGCAAAUUUGUGGAGGUCAAUUCACCACAGGACAGACAAAUCGUGCAUAAUGAAAUCGAAGUGAUGAAGGAUCUUCAUCAUCCAAAGCUGAUCCGGUUGCACGAGGCCUUUGAGGACAAAAACGAAAUGGCUAUGGUCAUGGAACUGUGA